AUGGAUCAACCAACUCAUACUAUCGACCCCGAAGGAGAUGUCAUCAUAGUCCUAAGCAAUGCCAACUCCCCCUUCGCACCAGAUGAUCAUGAAGACACAACUGCGAAAAAGAACUCUGACAGCGACUCAAAAACCUCUGAUGAGGAGGAGGACCAACACCGCGAAAAGCGACCCCGACUUGUCGAAGAACAGCCUUCUGAGACGCCAACCGAAGAUGGACACCUCAGCGAGACACCAGAUGAGGAAUGUUUCCGCAUUCAAGUCUCCGCAAAGCACUUGAUACUUGCGUCCCCGGUUUUCAGAAACAUACUCACUGGUAAUUGGAAGGAAAGUGUCAGUUAUCUUCAAAAAGGCUCCGUUGAGAUUGCUGCCGAGAGCUGGGAUAUUGAAGCCUUCUUAAUAUUCCUUCGCGCGAUUCACGGCCAACAGAGCCAAAUACCUCGAAAACUCUCUCUUGAGAUGCUCGCCAAAAUUGCUGUUCUGAUCAACUACUAUGACUGCAAGGAUGCCGUGUCUAUAUUGACGGAACUGUGGAUCAAUGGUCUGGAAGACAAGGUUCCCGCAACAUAUUCCCGGGAUCUAAUGCUGUGGCUGUGGGUCUCUGCGUUCUUCAAGCUCUCUUCACAAUUUUAA